GCUGCUUGCUCGCAGCCAGAGACGCUGCUUUUUUUUCCGGGUUCGGAGCCGUUCCGGAUGCUUUAGGCUGUCGGAUGUCUGAUCUCCGGAUAAGUGAGGCGUUUCUGUACAUGGAUUAUCUGUGUUUUAGAGCACUCUGUUGCAAGGGUCCACCGCCUGCACGCCCAGAGUAUGACCUGGUCUGCAUAGGCCUCACGGGCUCUGGCAAGACCAGUCUGCUGUCCAAGCUCUGCAGCGAAAGCCCUGACAGCGUUGUGUCAACAACAGGUUUUAGUAUAAAAGCAGUGCCAUUCCAGAAUGCCAUCUUGAAUGUAAAAGAACUUGGAGGGGCUGAUAAUAUCCGGAAAUACUGGAGCCGCUACUACCAAGGAUCUCAAGGGGUAAUAUUUGUAUUAGACAGUGCCUCUUCAGAAGAUGAUUUAGAGACUGCUAGAAAUGAACUGCACUCAGCUCUUCAGCACCCACAAUUAUGCACUUUACCCUUUUUAAUACUGGCCAAUCAUCAAGACAAGCCAGCUGCUCGAUCAGUACAAGAGGUCAAAAAAUAUUUUGAACUUGAACCACUUGCACGUGGAAAACGCUGGAUUCUGCAGCCCUGCUCACUGGAUGACAUGGAGGCACUGAAAGACAGCUUCUCUCAGCUGAUAAAUUUGUUAGAAGAAAAGGACCAUGAAGCUGUAAGAAUGUGAAAUCUGGUGAAGAAAAUGGGUUCCCACAAGGCCUUGAACCUAUCAUGUUAGUUUCCCCUUUUAAUUUUAUUUUGGUAUCAAGACUGUAAUGGCUUCAGAUCUGUUUUCUUCCAGUUAUCUCAAACUCUCAUUUCUCUAUUAAAGUGAAUAUUCUGUAAAUCAGGUGACUUAUCAUCGGCAUUACCGUCAAGUACACACUACUGAGAGAGAAUUUAUUCUCUGUUUACCACUAAUUAUCUUCACCUCAUGUCUCUUCCUUCUGUUGUUCUAAGCAGCUCUUCUCUGUGCUAAAAUGGAUGGAAUUUGUGGCUCAUAGAAAUCAAUCCCUUAGAGGACUCAGGGAGACUGAGAACCUUGGCUCAUUUACCCUGGGUUUGGGGUGGAGUGUUGUGUGACUGGCAUUCCCCAUAAUAUGUGUAUCAUUUUCAAAGUCUCUUGGUGGUUUUGUCUUUUUUUAAGUUCUUUGUGUACUGGCCUUACAGCAUAUGGGAAAAAAUAAGCACCAGAAACUUCAGUUAAUCACCUUAUCAGAAAGGAAUAUCCUUGCCAUAGUAAAAUUGACUUCAAAGAACUUAAAGACAAGAUGCCUAAUUUUUUUUUAUUACAUCUAAAGUCUCCCUCAGUCCCCUCUCCCUCAGUCCACUCUUUGUUAAGAGCAAAGAUAUUAUUUCCAUUUUUGAGAAGAGAGGAAAUUUAGGCACAGUGCAUGCAUCACUGAUUACUAUUUCAUCAAGUCCUCAAAUAUUUUUUUAAUGGAAAAAUUACUCAACAUUAAGUCAAGCUGCAGUGUAAUAUGUUUCUGAAAACCUUUUUCUAAAAAUCUUAUGUCUGAUUUAAAUAGAGAAAGUAAUUUUUAAAAUAAUAGACAAAACUCUUU